UUAAAACUUUGAACUUUUUAGUCAAUAACUUUUUGUCUGUUUGAGGUUGUGACCCUGGUGUCUCUGAGUGGGUGUAGAGCUGGGGUCGUGGAUUUCUGGGUCGCAAAGGAGGAGGGGACCGGGACCUUGGACUUGUGGAUAGAAGCCCGGAGUGACUGACAGAGGAGAGGCGGUGUCUGGCGGAAUGGCAAUGGGAACGCGCUAUGCUGGGAAGGUGGUCAUCGUGACCGGCGGCGGCCGCGGCAUAGGAGCCGGGAUCGUUCGAGCUUUCGUGGAAAGUGGUGCACAAGUGGUUAUCUGUGACAAAGAUGAGGCCAGGGGCAGGGCGGUGGAGCGAGAGCUUCCUGGCACUGUCUUUCUGCUCUGUGACGUGACUCGGGAGGAAGAUGUGAGGACCCUCGUUUCUGAGACCAUCCGCCGUUUUGGCCGCCUGGAUUGCAUAGUCAACAACGCUGGCUACCACCCACCUCCACAGUGGCCGGAGGAGACCUCUGCCCAGGGCUUUCGCCAGCUGCUGGAGCUGAACCUGCUGGGGACGUACACCCUGACCAAGCUCGCCCUCCCUCACCUGCGCAAGAGCCGGGGAAAUGUCAUCAACAUCUCCAGCCUGGUCGGGGCAAUUGGCCAGUCCCAAGCCGUUCCCUACGUGGCCACCAAGGGGGCAGUGACAGCAAUGACCAAAGCCUUGGCCCUGGAUGAGAGUCAGUAUGGCGUCCGUGUCAACUGCAUCUCCCCUGGAAACAUCUGGACCCCUCUGUGGGAAGAGCUGGCGGCCUCAACACCUGACCCCACUGCUACAAUCCGAGAGGGCACUCUGGCCCAGCCCCUGGGCCGCAUGGGCCAGCCAGCUGAGGUGGCGGCUGCUGCUGUGUUCUUGGCCUCCGAAGCCACCUUCUGCACGGGGACUGAGCUGCUCGUGACCGGGGGUGCGGAGCUGGGGUAUGGGCGCAAGGCAGGCCAGGCCGCCCCGGUGGAGGCCCCCACCGCCCCUUCCUGAUCUCCCACAUUUCCACCUGGGCCUCCCUGAUGAGGGUUCUCCCACCCCAAACUCUGUCUCCCAAAUUCCAGUUUCCACCCUCUGCCUCUCUGGUGCAGCACUCCACCCACCCCAGCCCUGACUGUAGACAUUCAGACCACUCACCAAUGUGCCAAACCACCCCACAGUUUCCCAUAAAAGCACUUUGCAACCAGGA